UCCCGAAACAAUUCCCGCCAAAUCGUAGUGCGCCGAACAACAUAUACCUCUCAAUUCCUUUUAAGUAAGUAACCCUAAAUUCCUGUGUCUUCCCAACUUUGAUUAACAAAGAUAAAAUUUAAAAACCCCAAAAAAAAAAACACAAGGAAGAAAAUGAAAGGAGGCACAGUUCAGAUCAACUGGCACGACACUAAGCCGGUACUAACCCUAGAUUUCCACCCAACUUCUGGUACUCUCGCUACUGGUGGCGCCGAUUUCGACAUCAAGCUUUGGUUAAUAAAUUCGAGCGAAACACAGAAGAAACUCCCAGCAGCUUCAUAUCAAAAUAGCCUUUCUUACCAUAGUUCUGCUGUAAAUGUCCUUCGCUUCUCUCCUUCUGGAGAACAGCUUGCCUCUGGUGCAGAUGGAGGUGAGCUGAUUGUAUGGAAGUUGCAUGCAACAGAAACUAGCACAACGUGGAAGGUCCUUAAGACAUUGUCAUUUCACCGCAAAGAUGUGCUGGACCUCCAGUGGUCUACUGAUGGUGCAUUUCUCAUCUCUGGGUCAGUUGAUAAUUCUUGCAUCAUAUGGGAUGUGAACAGAGGUUCUGUCCAUCAGAUUCUGGACGCCCAUGCCCAUUAUGUUCAAGGUGUGGCAUGGGACCCAUUGGCCAACUACGCUGCUUCCCUAAGUUCAGAUAGAACUUGUCGCAUUUAUGUAAAAAAAGCUCAAUCAAAAGCAAAAGGUGCCGAGAAGACAAAUUAUGUUUGCCAGCAUGUUAUUUCAAAGGCCGAGCCUCCACUGUUGGAUGAUUCUAAGUCUGCAAAAUACCAUCUCUUUCAUGAUGAGACGUUGCCAUCUUUCUUUCGAAGAUUAGCAUGGUCACCUGAUGGAUCAUUUCUACUUGUUCCAGCAGGUUCCUACAAAAUAUCAUCUGCACUGGAGACAAUAAAUACAGCUUAUGUUUUUUCUAGAAAGGACCUUUCAAGGCCUGCUCUACAGCUCCCUGGUGCCUGCAAACCUGUUGUAGCAGUUCGUUUCUGCCCUUUGCUCUUUAGCCUGCGGGGGUCAAAUCAAUCUGGGUUCUUUAAGCUUCCCCAUCGUAUUGUUUUUGCUGUGGCCACUUUAAAUUCUUUGUACAUUUAUGACACAGAGAGUGUUCCUCCAAUUGCAAUCUUUGCUGGUCUUCACUAUGCAGCCAUAACAGACAUUGCAUGGUCACCCAACGCCCAAUACCUAGGAUUGUCUUCUCAAGAUGGUUACUGCACGUUGGUAGAAUUUGAAAAUGAUGAACUGGGAUCACCUAUCUGUUCAUCAGAGGAAAAGAAAGUCAUGCGUGACGAAAACAAAAGCCCAGUUCAGAAGCCAGAGGACAUGGUAAUUGAAGCUACUAAAAAUGAUAGUCUUAUCGCUGAAGAUAAUGGAAGAACUGUAGAAAGGAAUCAACAAAAAAAAGCUGAAAGGAAAGAAGAGAAAGUCAUGGGUGAACACAAUAAAAGGCCAGCUGAGAAGGCAGAGGACAUGGUAAUUGAAUCUACUGCAACUGACAGUCUUGUUGCAGCAGAUAAUGGAAAUUCAGAAGCAGAAGGGAAUCGAAAAACAGAAUUAGAAACGAAAGCAAAAGAAGUUGUCGAUUUACAGAACAGAAGUCCAGUUGAGAACCCAGAGGACAUGGUAGUUGAAGUUACUGCAAAUGAUAGUCUUGUUGCAGCAUGUAAUGCAAAAUCAGAAGCAGAAAGGAAUGAAGGGAUAACAGAAUCUCAAAGCUCAAUGAAGACUGCUACUGUAAAUAAGCCUACCAAAAGGCGUAUUACGCCUAUGGCAAUCGACCCUUGAUAGCUGCCAUUCUCACCUCUGUAAAUUUUGUAAUCAAUUUAAUCUUUCACUUGCUGGGUGCUUAUUUCUCAGCCCUUUUCAAUUGUAGGAUUCAGUGUACUAAAUUACUGAUGCUAGAAAGAAGACCCUUCCCUUCCCUGGGAAGUAUAAUUUCUGUUAUUUCACUUUUGAUCCUAUAUGGAUGUUGUAGAACCCAAAGCGAAUUGGAAGCCUAUUGACUAUUGACUAGAAAAUUUCAAUUUUCAAUCCUAUAUGGAUCUUGGCUAGUAAA